AAAGGAGAAUAUAGAAAAAGGGAAGGGAGGAGCAGAGAGACAUAAUGAGAGAGAGAGAAAGAGAGAAACGAUAGGAAGAGAAUCAGAGCGAGUGUGUGUGCUUGGGGGAGGUGUGUAUGACAGAGUGUGCGCGUGAGUGUGUGUGUGUGCGUGCAUGAGUGUGCCGCACUGCUUGGCUGACUGAGAAGAGAGGGAGAGAGAGAAAGAAAGACCGAAAGAGAAAAGAAAGAAGCCUAUAGUGGUUAUCCACCGGCUGGCUUCUUUUUUUAUUUUAUUUUUGUAUUUUUUUUUUAUUUGGCACUGUCGCGAAAGCCGUAUUCCAUGCACUUUCUUGUCCACGUUUCCCACCUUUGUCUCUCCAGCAACGUUACUGGGACAGCUAGACCACUACUGUUUCUGUGGUGGGUUCAGUGGAUGGCCCCAGAGGAAGAGGCCAGAUGGAAAUUGGGUCCCAUGACCGCCUGGAUGAAGGCGUGUUAAACCAGGAGCUGUCUAAUGGACUUAGCAAACAUGCAGCAAAUGAAGAAAAUAGCUGUGAUGAAGUCAGAAGUGUGGCCAGGGAGCAACACCAGCACAACUACCACGAGGGUGCUGGAUGUAUUUCCCAGACACCAGGCUGGGUUCCUGAGCAUCCUGGGAAGUCAAAUCCUGAUUCUCAACAGGCUGCUUGGAGUGGCCAAAAUACCAGUACACCAGUGAAUGAUGUGGAUAUGGAGGAUGCUCGAACCCUGGUGGCUUUUUCUGCUUCUGUUGGCUCACUGCCACCUUUCACCAACCAUCAACCUUGUCAGACACCUACAGCUCAACUGUAUGAAAGGUUCAAUCAGGAAAUGUCUAAUGGAGGUGAGAAGGCCAGAAAGAAAGGUGUGGAUGGUGAGAUGUACCCCCCUGAAGAUCUAAACACUCUUCAGGCAGCACUGAGCAAGGCCCGUCAUGGCCACAAGCCACCUAACUGCGAUUGUGAUGGCCCAGACUGCCCUGACUACCUGGAGUGGCUGGAGAAGCAAAUCAAACUGGUGGUUAACUCCCAGGAUAAAGGUUCCUGUAAGAUUCCGGGUGCUCUUCCACAGCCACAUACACAGAAUCGUCAUGCCCAAUCCCAACCUCAGCAAUGUGGAGGUAACCCCUCAUGUGUGCAAGACACAAAUCCACAACCCCAUGUUAACCAGCCUUCUGCUCCUAGACCCUUUGGCCCACAAGCACCUAUUCCCUGCUCCCCAACUGUUCUGUCCAUAGCCAAGGAAAGAAAUGUUAGCUUGCAAACAGCAAUUGCAAUUGAGGCUCUAACCCAGUUAUCUGCCGCUGACCCACAAACUGUUGUUCCUCCAGGUGCAUCUUCACCUGCAAAUCACCAUCAGCAUCUGCCAACCUCCUACCCGCAGAGUAUGCCACAAGGGGUCUCUUCAUCACCUGGUCCUCUUUUGUCCUCCUCUGCUAUGCCACAGUCCAUACCUCUGGUACAUUAUCCUCAAAAGGAGCUGUCAUGGGAUCAGCAGAGACCUCAGUCUCGGGGUGAGGCCCCUGCACCAAACAUUUUGUCUAGCCCAUCUCACUAUUCUUCGACAUACCCAUCCUCCAAGUCCCCAUUUGCAACCAAUCUCCGACCCCAGCAGUGGAACCAGGGGACAGGUGGAAGCUGCGAGAAAAGCUCCCCUCAGAACCCAUGGAUGAUGGUGAACACAGAUUCCCAGCCUCGUUUUGUUAACCCAUCCCAAGAUGGUAGAGACCCAGUGUCCGAGCUAAAGCAGCUCCUCGAAAGCACCGGCACAAAGUAUACCAACUCAGCCUUCAAGUUCCCACUCCCUCAGCCCAGCAUGCAUGAUGGUCGCAAGAGCAGCUUUACUGGGAUGCCUCACAUCAAGCAGGAGGUGGAUGCAAAGGAGUACCUGGGCUCAGGGUGUGCAGUCGUGGGCCAAGAGGGGUUGGUAAAUGGCCAGCUGCAGUUCCAGGGUCAGCAGUUUUCCCCUUCCAUUAGUCACUCAACUCAGGCAGCACUACAGCAGCACCUUCAUCAUAAACGUAACCUCUUCUCUAAUUCCCCUGCCUUCAGUCCAUUAGCUCCCAUGGCUUGUCAGAACCUUCGUAAGUGGUGGCCACAGACUAUGCCAGAGAGUCCUGUAACCAUCAAGCAGGAGCACAAAGAACCCAAAAAGAAAAAGAGCGCUCAGAGUUCUCCUCUUCUCAAGCAGUCAGUGGGUGGGCUUUUUGGUCCACUUGGCACACCUCUUCCAAAACCCAAACCGAUUGUUAUCAAGAAGCAUAAACAGAAAGCUUCCCAACCAUCUUUCCUCCCACAGAAGCAGAUUAUAGUAUCGAAACCUCCCCUCAUUUCCCCAGGAUGUGCAACAUUCUUAUCUCAGCUUGCUCCAUCUCAACUAGGCAUGGAAGCUGGGCUUCCCCCCUCUCAGGUGGCUGAGAGCCACCCAGCUCCAGCUCAAUCUCAGGAAUCCAUUUUGAAUAGCAGUAGUGCACCUAUCUCUGAAAAUGCUCUUUCUUCUUUAACCCCUGUGUCAGUCCCAGCACCAUCCACCCAGAAGGUGACAGCUUGCUCAGGCCCAGCUGGGUUAAAUGAUAGCAUCCCAACAACCAGUAUCACACCUCAAACCUCUACAACACAGCAGACUCCUUCUCUGGCUGGCCUCAGUAACCUAGAUCCAAAAUUCGAAGAACUUAUUCGCCAGUUUGAGGAGGAGUUUGGGGACACCAUUUUCUCAGCUUCUGCAGCAGAGACCCCAGAGAAUGACCCUGCUCAGCCAGCGGUGACCGAGUCACAACCAAACUCAGGACAAACCAGACCCGAGUCACCAUUCCCAAAGCAGCCAAAUAACUGCCCUGCUUUUCCCACAAAUGAGCCCAUGGAUGAAUGUCAAAAGGACGUUGCUGAAAGACUGAACAGAAACAUGCCAUGGCCAUCUGAGGAGGUUUGUACUAUCAAACAGGAAAGUGAGGAAUGUGAGGUAGACAUGAAACCAUCUGGGCAGCCCCUGUCUGUAGCUCAGGAUGCAUUUCUGGAGCAACAGCACCCCUUCAUCACACCUUUCUCCCCUCCGGCUAAACGUAUAAAGAUUGAGUCAUCUGGUGGGGUGACGGUGGUCUCCACAACUGCAUGUUUGUCUGCAGACAGAGAAAGGGCAGACUUGAAUACUCCCACCAAGGAUAUCUUUCCCUCCUCCCCUUCACUUAAUGGUUUUCUUGAGUCUCCAUUGCGCUACUUGGACACUCCCACCAAGAACCUGCUGGAAACACCUGGGAAAGAUAACCAACCUGAGUUUCCCACCUGUGACUGCGUAGAUCAAGUCCUAGAAAAGGAUGAAGGUCCAUAUUACAAUCAUUUGGGAUCUGGGCGAGACAUGGCUUCAGUCAGACAACUGAUGGAAGAGAGGUAUGGGGAGAAGGGCGAAGCCAUUCGUAUUGAGAGGGUGGUUUACACCGGGAAAGAAGGAAAGAGCUCUCAGGGAUGUCCCAUUGCUAAGUGGGUGAUUCGUCGCAGCAGUGACAAGGAGAAAUUGUUAUGCGUCGUAAAGCAACGGCCUGGGCACCACUGUGCCAAUACUGUUAUUGUUGUUGUCAUCUUGGCCUGGGAAGGUGUGCCCCGUGCUCUGGGAGAUAAACUCUACAAAGAAAUAACAGAAACCCUCAUCAAAUACGGCAACCCCACCAGCCGUCGCUGUGGACUCAAUGAUGAUCGAACCUGUGCAUGCCAAGGGAAGGACUCGGAAACCUGUGGAGCUUCCUUCUCUUUUGGCUGCUCCUGGAGCAUGUACUUCAAUGGGUGCAAGUAUGCUCGAAGCAAAACCCCUCGCAAAUUCAGACUGCAUGGAGAGCACCCCGAAGAGGAGGACAAUCUCAGGGAUAACUUCCAAAACUUGGCCACACAUGUGGCCCCUGUGUAUAAGAGACUGGCUCCCCAGGCCUACAGUAACCAGUGUGUAAAUGAGAAGAUUGCUUCAGAUUGUCGGUUGGGUUUGAAGGAAGGACGGCCGUUUUCAGGAGUCACUGCAUGCAUGGAUUUCUGUGCCCAUGCUCACAAAGACCAGCAUAACCUCCACAAUGGCUGCACAGUGGUGUGCACUCUUACGAAAGAGGACAAUCGCAGAGUGGGCACACUCCCAGAAGACGAGCAGCUGCAUGUGCUUCCGCUAUACAAGAUCUCUUCAACCGAUGAAUUCGGAAGUGAGGAGAACCAGCGUCUCAAAAUGCAGACAGGAGCCAUUCAGGUGCUCAAUAACUUCCGCCGACAGGUUAGAAAACUUCCAGAACCUGCUAAAUCCUGCCGACAGCGUCGGUUGGAGGCCAAAAAGGCUGCGUCGGAGAAGAAAAACAGGAAAUUGCAACUUGCAGAAACCCCAGAGAAGACUGUCAAGAUGGAGAUGCACCACAUGGAGUCACCCCAUCCUCAGCAAGGCAAUAAAGCUAUUCCAAAACAAGAGGUGAAACCAACCAUUAAAAAAGAGCCUGUCGACCGCUUCCAGCCCUUCAAUGGAGCCGUACGUGGCUACCCAGCACUAGGAAACGGCAAGACACCCUCUGAUCCCCGCAGCAUGAACAGUUCAUUCUCAUUCCCUGGUAACUAUGCAAGAGGUCACAUCCCAACCAAUGGCCAACCUCCUGCGCAGAGCCCCAUCAAUGGCUUUCACCCCAACCUCCAAGAAAUACGCUAUGGUUAUUACAACUACCCUCCCAGUGCACUUUUUCCUCCUGAGCUCUUGGGAUAUAAUAAUGGAUCAUGGCCCAAAGCUGGAGAAGCCUCUGCUGUACCAUUUGACCAGAAGCCAGAUGUUCAGAGUCUCCAAGCCAAGCUGGCACAGGCCUAUACCAGCCGCCCACAGCAACAAAUGGCUGAUGCAUCCAUUCAAGGGUACCCACACCCUUCAGAGUUUUCCCAGUCUCCUGUUCCACCCAGUCGUACUCCAUCCCUGGAGCAGACACACCGCUCUACGCCCAUCAUCAAGCAGGAGCCCAUGGAUGUGCCACUGUAUGAUGGCAGAUUGGAUGGCCAAGCUCAAAGCUGCCCCUCCACUCCCAGUACCACGCCAAAACCCGAAGGCUGGCCUGGGCACAAACCAAACGGUAGCAUUAUCCCUAAAGGCUGGGAUGGAAAUAUCAGACCAGGUCCGACCAAUUCGCCUUUCACUCCGGACAAGCAGAGGCUCCACCAGCAACAUGAACACCCUCAGUAUCUACAGCAGCAACAAUGGAAUUCCUAUUCCUGCCCUAACACUCCAAUGUCAUCCCCUUCCCCUUCUCCGUCCCCAUCCCUGAAAGCAGGUCCAUCACCUGCACCUUCUCCACACCUGUCCACCCCAAGACAGUGGGGUAGCCCUUCCCCUAGUCCCCAGCCUAAAGCGUGGGGUCCUUAUGGACCCAUGUGUUAUGGCACUGGUGGCACAAGGCAAGGCAGCCCUGCUGGUGCUUUCCCCGAUAAAAUGCUCUCCCAAGCAGGUGAGAAUUGUGGCUCUGCACCUUUGGGACUCCAGGAGAAAGCCUGGAAAUCUGGUGGUGGAUUGGCAGCAGGGAACACACCAUCUCCAGCUCCUGAGGGACGCUUGUUUCCCGAUGCGCUGCAAAAGUCAGAUAAUCAGGCGUGUUGGGACAGUGAGGCAGAGACCCAGAGCGAACGUGACCCCAAGGAGGAAGAGGAGUGGUCAGACAGCGAACACAACUUCUUGGACCCCAACAUUGGCGGAGUAGCAGUUGCCCCCACUCACGGCUCAAUCCUGAUCGAAUGCGCCCGGCGGGAGCUUCAUGCCACCACGCCACUCAAAAAGCCUGACCGCUCACACCCGAGCCGCAUAUCCCUGGUCUUCUACCAGCACAAGAACCUGAACCAGCCGUGCCACGGUCUGGCUUUGUGGGAGUCCAAAAUGAAACUCCUAGCCGAGCGAGCGCAACAGCGGCAACAAGAAGCAGCUCUUUUGGGUCUCUCACAGGAAGACAUUAAGGCCUACGGGAAAAAACGCAAGUGGGCGGCUGGAUCGGCGAGCCCGUCCACUGGACAAGCCAAGGACAAACGAGAGGGUGUAGUGACACGGAUGGCGCCCACACAGCAUACCACCACCAUGGUCACAGUUUCACCCUACCCAUCCACACACCUCACUGGUCCUUACAGUCGAUUCGUGUGAACUCUUGUAGACUGUCGCCCCCUGGAGCCAGAGAUGGGAAUAGAAAUGAUAAGCUGGCUCCUUUACCAUUUGCUUCCCCUCUUCUAGCUCCAACAGCUCUCUCAGGCCACCAGGGAGGGAGAAUAGAAGACGGGGCACUUUUUUCACUUUUUUUUUCUUUUACCUCAAAUUUUGACAGCAGUUUGGGAACACCCCAAACGGACAUGCUGUCAAUGGUGCUCUUGCUCUCUCCAACGUGGGAGGGAUUUCCAUAGCUACCCCUCCUUAAGUGAAUUUGAUUAUUCUAAUUAUUAUUGCUCUAUUAUCAAUAUUAUUACAAUUGCUAUUGUUACUGUCAACGUUGAUAUUACAGGUAUUGUUAUUAUAUUAUGAAGAUUAAUAUUUUUUAUUUGAAUGUUAUUGUUUUUUCAUCAUUGUUGUUAAUAUUAUGAUUUUUUUCUGCCCUCUCUUGACUAAGAAGACCUCCUUUCUUCAUUCUCGCUUGUUCAUUGUGAACAUGAGAAGAAGCUAAUCAGCAUUUUUGUUGCGCUUUUUGCCUCUCCCACCCCCACCAACCUCUCUUUACUGAUGAAGCGCCUUCACAUCAUUGCAAGUCACAUUUCUCUGGCUGCAUUAAGGCAUCUUUGCGCUAGUCACUGAACAUGUGACCAAGAAAGAGAGGACCAGACACCAACUUGGGCCUUUCUGUUUGGUGCCACUCUGAUGAAAUCUGUAAAGUUUCUCAUCCCUUCAAAUGGUGCUUAUUUUCGGUCUCAAGUGUCUCUAACUUUGCCCUCACAAUACAGAGGCAGGUGCAGGACCUAGGUGUUUUUUAGCAGCAGAUGUCAGUCUUGGUUCAGCCUUCCAUUGUGUCACCUGAUUGGUGCUGAUUCAUUUGCCUGCAGUUUCAUUGGCCAUUAUUCACUGCCCAUUUUACAUGUUCAGACUAAGGUGCUGAUAGUGCUAGCAAAAAUCCACCUUAAUCGAACCGCCCUAAAGAGCUGCAGAUAACCCACCGUGGGUCUUAAGCAUAUGAUUUCCACAAUCCAGACUUGGCUCAAACAGGGAAUUCCAAAAGUUUUAUUGGCUUGAAAAUUCAGCUUGAUUCACCUAGAUGUGUUCAGAUUGACUGUAGAGUGUAGAGUUGAGACUUGGAACUGCAGUAGGUUAGAAAAACUGCCAUUACAGAUGAGUAUCUAUAGAUUUGUAACAUCAGCGUAUCUGGUUGGUUUUAGACACGCACCACCGGCUCUGUUUAAACUGAACACGUCUUCCAUUUCCUGAUUUAUCUGUUGUUACCCAUUUGUGAUGAUGAGUCAGAUAUUUUAUGACCCUGCUGGUUACACCCGGUUACACCCACCAGCCUAACGGACAGAGCACAUUUCUUGGAGUUGGUGCUACUAUGAGCCUUUAUGCUCCUGUAAAGUUGCCCUCUCGUUACAAGCAGCCCUCCUCUCUCUUUUUGCCCAGAGACAUCACCUAUACCUGGAAUUCAUGGUGCUGAAUGGAAAUGCAUAUGGUUUUGGCUCAGUAGUUUGUGCGGAUGCAUGCAUAACUACAUAAUGCACGUGUGUGUGUGUGUGUGUGUGUGUGUGUUUGUGUGUGUGUGUAUGGAUUCCUAAACUGGUUAGAAUGUAUGUGAAUGCCUGUCUGUGAGCUACAUACAGAGAGCAAUGCAGGGCUGCUGCUGGUUUACACAGGGCUGUAAGAUGCUUGACACUCACAGAGAAGAUCCUGGUGCUCAUUAAGUUGUCCUAAAGCUCUUUACCUCAUGUUGUACAGACACUGGUCCCAGUCACAACAUGCUACAGACACACGGGCGCUACAGACUGCAGGCUUGCUGCCUACAUCCACAUUCAUACCUACUUUUUUAUUCUUAUUUAUUAUAUAAUGAUGAUUAUUGUUAUUGUGAUUUGCUGUCAUUUUUUUUUAUGAUGAUUUUUUUAUUUUUUUUGGUUUGUUUGUUCAUUUUAGAGAAAUUGUAAAUAUCGAAGAGAGGAUUUUAUAAAAGCACUUUUAAUCUUGAUUUUAAUGAGGAAAAAAAAAUAAGAACGGAUUAUUGACAACUUGAAACCUAGUUUGUGUUUUAAUGGAAUUUUAUUGGGAGAGAUAGAAAUGUAAAUAGGUAAAUAUUUAGGUAAGAUUAUUUAACUGGUGAGGGAUGAUGGCCUAAUCAUGAAUGAUUCCUGAAUUUUUAGUCUUCAGUUGUCUGUAUGUCAAGCCGUCAACAACAGACCACGAAGCAGGAUGUUUUGUCGGUCUACUCAAGAUACUGCUGUCCUUCUUUUCAUGAGUACUGUACUUACACCAAUACCUCUGUACUACCAUCAUCACCGGCUUCCUUCCCCUGCAUCUGAUCCACGUCUAGAAACCAGAAACUAAUGGAGAACAAAGAAACUAAUGUGAACUUGUUGAAUAAUGCGGUUCGCAAGCAUUCAGGACUUGCUUUUUUCUGUUUUGUAAUGAAAGGGAGUGAAAGUACAUCACUUUUACAUAAAAAAAAAAAAUUGGCCAUAGAACUGAAAAGCUUAUCUUGUGACCGCUUUCAGUUGAAAACUCUCGGUAGAUCAUGUUAUGCUCAUUACUUUUGUUUCUUUGAUUAAAUAUUGAGUGGGGCGAGUCUUCCAGAGCUCUGAGUCUGCACUGACAUUAUAUUAUCCUGAUUGUCACUUGUUCUUGGAGAUGUGAGAGAUACCCCUAUGUUUAAAAAGCUGAGUUUCAAGACCGUUCUUGAAGCCCGGUGCGGUUAUAUUCACCCUAAAUGGCUUUUGAACCAUGGUGCUACCCCAUAGAGUUCACUGUGGAAAGACUCUUGGCAAACAGUUCUUUGGGCUCUUAAAUUGAUACGUGUUUUGAGAAGAAACCUUUAUGGUGCUGAUCAUUUUUAAACCUUUUUAUGUAGUUAUUUCUGAAAUGACAUUUCGCGAUUUUAAAAAAGAAAAUUAAAAAAGCACUCCAUUUGAUCCAGUUUCCAUUUUUAGGUACUUGAAGAGCAUGAUGGCAGGCAGAGGAAUAGGUACUCUCGUGCUUUUGAUGUGAAUAGACUGUUAAUUCAAUAUUCUGGUGCUACUGUACCUGAACUGCCCAGAGAAACCUUUUUACCCGUUUUUGUCAUAUUAUUGGAUAUUCUUCUUCUUCUUUCUUUACUCACAUCUACCUUUUGGCCACGGUGUCACACACACACACACACACACACACACACACUACUCUGCCCCUCUAUCAGCACUCACUGUUAAAGAGUAUCAAUCAUGCCCAGUUUUAAACAUCAAAAGGACACAAUGUCUAAAGAAGAAAAAAAAAGGAAAAAAGAAAGAAAAAACUGGCAGCUACAUUCCUUUAUGAGUAAAAGAUUGUUCUUGGUUCUAUUUUUCAUGUUGAGUAUGCAGUAUGUAAAAAGUGUUCUCUUUUGUUUGGUCUCUCUCCUUGUAGCUGUAUGGUGUAUUAUGUGAAUACAUAGUGUAUGUGGGAAAAGCCACAAUACUGUUUUAUGUUCGAAACUAAGAAAAAGAAAUAAAAAUAACAAAUAUCAAGGAA